AUGGAGCAACUCAAGCACCAAGAUGCAUCUUCAGAGGAGCUCGUAGGCGAUCACUUGGAGCCUGAUCCAGGUCGCUCGCAUUCUUUGCUAUCCGCUGCGGUGACUUGGAUUCGACAAAUGACCAUUUUCAAAGCUCUUGUCAUCGUUUACUGCCUCAACAUAGUGGCGUGGGGGGGAAUGAUCUUUUUGCUGAUGUGCAACGCGGCACCAGCAAUGUGCCACCCGACCUGUGACGAUAUCAACUCUCCACGGCGAAAAUGGAUCGAAAUAGACUCACAAAUCCUCAAUGCCCUAUUCUGCAUACCGGCGUUUUGGCUCGCCCCUCGACGAUGCAUCGAGGCCUGGAAAGCAUUGCAGUACAUGACGGGACAGAUGACCGGCUUGCGCCAGCUAGCUGCUACAUACCGUGAAUGGUUCCGACUUCCUGGAUCUGAAGCCCUGCCCGCCCACGUAGGCCCUAUCCAAGUUGAGGCUUGGCUCCAACAAGCCUCGUUUUCAGAGGACAUAGUGCCUUAUCCAACACGAAGUGUUCCAGAGCCACCACCUUCUGGACGACGAGCGACACCGACGCGAGUGUGGAAACUCCAGGCAGUCGUUGCUUUGAAUCUGUUGAACACGAUGUUCCAGGUUAUCCUUUCUCUGUUUAUGUGGCUCUAUAACCGACACAAUCGACCAGGUUGGUCUGUGGGAUUAUUUCUCUGUCUAGCCUUUGUGUCAUCAAUAGCUGCUGGGGUUGUGCAGUUCCUCGAGCGGAAAAAGGUUCAGCGGGUCGAAGGGAGACCCAGUUCAAAGAUACUGAGAGUCGAAGAUGAGGAGCUAAAGUUGUUGGGUCGUCAAAAGCUGCAAAAUAGUAGUUAA